AGAAAGGAUAAUAUGCCAAUCCUAAACUUUGGCGACGAUGAUGAUGCAGCAUUAAAAGAAAAAUAUUAUACCUAUGAAACUCUGAACCACACUGAGGGAGAGGAUAAGGCAUAUGAGGCCGCGUUCCAAGAAGGGAUAAAUGUACCAUCAGACAAAUGGCUGCCAAUUGACAAUUUCCUUAAUCGCACUUUCUACAUUAAUAAAACACAAGGUAUACCUGCUUUUCCAUAUAAACAAGAAAUAAGCCGGAGAGAGGGACCUGCAGUAUUGGGGAAGCUUAUAAAAUUCCCUGAGGUCGAGGCUUCAUUAAAUCAAUUCUUGCAAACGCGUCAUUAUGCUCCAAAAGAACUGGUAACGGUCAAUAUCGACUCGAUAAUGUACCAUGGUCUACCGGGAUGUAUAGCCUUUCAUAUAGAAUGUCCACCUAUAGGCAGACCAGAUGGUUACGAAGAUGACCUUAUCACUGAAAUUGAUCUCGGUGACGAAAACGAGAAGAAUGCUUACAAUAGGAAAGUACAAGAAAUGAAUGCUACAUAUCGGAGGAUAAGGAAUUUGUACAUUCUACUACCUCGCGAGAAUCCUUACGCGGACGACUUAGAUAAAAGAAAACCGAAAUGGCCAGUCAUGUUGGAGAAGACAUCAGAUCCUUUAUUCACAGAUUUUUUCAAAGAAUGGCUAAAUGGUGCUUUAGGUAUGACAUUCAAGAGUGAGAGAAUUAAUCUAGGAGACAACAUUUUAGAUACUCUCAUUGAAGAAGCGUGGUAUUAUGCAGAAAAACACGACAAGCAUUCAAGGAAUGCAGAAUAUUUACAAAUAAAUUGGGAGAAUACUAGUACAGAGAAGAAUGAAAACCUCGAUGGCAUUAAUUUUUCUGUCAAACUGGCUGAUGUUUCAAAAUUAGUGAAAAGUGGAAGAAAAAACAGUAGUAAUAUACCGUUACUACUGCCACGUCUGAAAGAAGUUGUUGAGGCCAAUACAGGUCUACGUAUAAACUCUCUGAUGCCAACUAGAGUUGGUGUAAGUGGCUACCUAAUCGAUGUUACAGGUAAACCCAAGGUAAAGGUUCUGUCAUACAUGUUAACUGGAGAGGAAUUCACGCACGAGAAGGAGUUAGUUGAAGAAUUCAGAUUUGCUAAUUUUUGCAAAUGGCUAGUGAACGCUACAAACAUCGUCAACGUCAGUUUCGACAAAGAAGGUAACAAGAGAACACCUCUAGACACCAUACUGGACCCCAUACCAUUAUGAUAGCUUAUUUAUAAUGUACAACAAUGUAUUUAUAUUUUGAUAUACAAC